GGUAUCAUCGGCAUCAGCUUGAACCCAUCUGCUGUACAACGCUGGGUCAUGACGGCGCAUGAUCGUGCACGUUUUGCAGAUUCCUGUCUCCAGCUCUGUGGACUUGACGACUGCUCCCGUGAGGCUGAUGUGCUGCACAAAGAGUGUCAUCUGCCACGCAUGUCGAGAGAUGAGGAUGGUGUGCAACGUGUGGAGGCAACGAUAUGUUGGUGGUUCAACCCCUUUGGUGACGAAACGCUGGAUAGGGAUUCUGCCGACUUGGUCAACCUCUCGUCUGGUUUGAUGUGCUCCGAGCAGACCACGAAGGACUUGCUUGAAGCAGAACAGCAGGGAAAGGAAGCAUUUCAAAGAUUCAUCAAGAAUCGCGUUGUCGACCAGUGUGACAAGUUCCACGACCCCAUCCAGAAGCUGAAGCUAAGCACGUUUACCGUCCGCAAGGAGCGUACCACCACCCGUAGUGCGUUGAAGGUAGCAGUGCUCAAGGCGGAUUGUGCCCUGUUCAGUAAGAUGGCUGUUAUUGCCCAGCUGCGUCAUCUUGACAUUCGUGAGGUUCUUGCAUAUCCGCUUUCAGCUGCGCCCUUGUCGCUAUGCACUGCAGAAGGCACCAUGGUGAAAACAAACAAGGCCGCACUGUUGCAGCUCCUCAGCAAGACGGAUUGUACCAGCCAUGAGCCAGCACCUCCAUCUUCGGCUGCGUUAAUCGUCGACGCCAUGGCUCUGCUACGGACCCUGAAGCCGACUUCCUUGCCAGGUACGCUCGGAGAACUGGCAAAGCAUGUGUUUAUAUGCCUCGCGAGGAAUUUCCCGCAGUUUCGCCGAAUCGACUUUGUAGCUGAUACGUAUCCAGAAUACUCCAUCAAAGAUGUUGAGCGAAGUCGACGAGCGCAAUCGCAUGGUGAGAUCCGGCUAAGAAUCUCAAGUGGACAGCAGCACACGCCGAAGCAAUGGGCUAAGUUCUUGUCAAGUGGCAGCAGCAAGACUGAGCUUGUUAGCUUCCUUGUUACGGAAUGGUCCACCGAUGCCUACGCCAGCCACCUGAAAGCUAGACAGCUGUACGCAACAGACGGUAUCAGCUGCGUCAAGCUAGUGUCACCUGAUGGCCUCACCACCACAGCAACAUAGUGCUUACGGCUGAACUGCUCACAUGAAGAGGCAGACACUCGGCUUCUGCUGCACGCUCGUGAUGCUUGUACAGAAGGCUAUACUUCGGUCACGAUCAAGUCGCCGGACACGGACGUAGCGGUUCUGGGUUGCGGACUGAGCCACCGCUUUCCUGACAGUAUGAAGCUCCUGUUUCUGCCUGGUUCUAGGAGCAAAGUCCUGCUCCUGAAUCUCUCAAAGAUUGGCUCUGCGCUAGGCACUUCCGUGUGUGACGCACUGAUCGGCAUGCAUGCCUUUACCGGGUGUGAUACGGUCAGUGCGUUCCACGGAAAGGGCAAGACCAGCGCUUAUCAGCUCCUGACCAGUGAUGGAAGCAAGGGAGACCUGGCACGAAGUUCAAUGGCCGAACUUGGCAAAGCCUUCAACCCGCUGUCAGCAGGCGCCAUGGCAGAAAUCGAGCGGUUUGUCUGCAUGCUGUAUGGCCGGUCAAACCAGUCAAGCGUUAACAGCUUACGGUACGAGUUGUUUUGCUUGCUGGAUAACGCCAAGGAUUCGAGCAGACUGCCCCCAUGCCACGAUGCUCUGCGUAAACACGCAGCAAGGGCCAACUUCCAGGCGGCUGUUUGGUGAGGUGCUCUAGAAGCCCAGCCCCCUGUCCCUGAAGCGUACGCUGGAAGCCAUGGUUGGCAGCUGUCCAAUGGCCAGCUGCGCAUUGAUUGGCUCUCGGUAGCUGCAGCACCACAAGCAAUCUUGGAAUUUGUGAAGUGUUCCUGCAAGACCGGCUGCCAAGGGAAUAGAUGCUCAUGCCGCAGCCAAUCCCUUCCCUGCACGGAUGUUUGUGGAUGCAGUAGCGAGUGUAGCAACCGCGAGGAGUCAGGUCAUCCCAUAAUUCAAGAAGAUGACGACACUGUCCAGUAGCCGUUGGAUUACUACACAUGCCUGGUCCAAGACCUCCAUCACCACAGCUGUCAUCGUGUUGCAGCAUUGGUGUAACAUUUCUAUCUGUUUAACUGCCUACAGACUGUACUUGCCCUGGCAACCUGGUAGGCCCAUUCGAUCAUGCCACACACUCUUUCCACACUGUUUACUUGUAUAUUUUCAUGUUGAUAACAAUCACAGAAUAAUAUCUGUAAUGAGCCUAAGUGAACUGCAGUAGUCGUUGUCUUCCGUGAUGUCUCCUCUGAUACUGAUACUCUGGCUGGCUAUGUUAUGUGUAAUUCAAAGUACAUCAGACUCUAGGGUACAGUUUACGGAUUCUGGUAAUGUACAUCAUGUAUUACUAAUCUAUCUGUAGUGUGUGCAGCCAUGCAUUCCAACUGCAAAACUUUGAGAGACGACCUAUUGAUUUGAUGCCAGUAGUCCAGUUACUCGAGGACAAUGACUAUCAUGCAUUGUUUGUUCUUUCUCUCUCCAACCAUUUCUUGUUUUCAAGUUCUUUUCUCUGAUCGCUGUGUCUGAGCCCUGCUGCUGAGCUAUUGCCUGUGGCUGCUUGUACUCAAUCGUUGCCAUGCGUUUAAGCAGCUCAAUCAAUGCUAAUACAUGGCCAAUCGAAACGGUCUGUCCUCUGCAUUCAUGAAACGGGGCGUAGUGGUGCACCCAUUGCAUGAAAGUCUUUCCAGAUAAGUUAUUUCAAGGCAUGCUUCUAAUUCAUAAUAUAUAUAAUAUUCCAGGAUUGAUAACAUCAGUCCUACCCAUUGUUGUUGUUUCGUAAGAAUCGUAACUGUUUCUGCGCUAUUAUUACAGUGUUGCCAUGCUGUUGCUAUGAUGUUUGUUCUUGGUUACCAUGGUAACCAAGUUCGAAAAAUGCUCUGGGGUGCAUCAAAUAUUUUAUGUAGUUGCUUGGCAGAUAGACAUUGAAUUUUCCGGGAUGAAAGUAAUAGAAACUCGAUUUUUGUGGUCAGUUGCCAUGGUAACU